CGGUCCGGAGGUUUCUCUUGACUUUCAUUACGGCGUCCCCACUGGGCUCAUUCACCACUCGUUUUUCAGGCGUAAUACAACUUGCAAACCCUUGUUACCAGGAAUCAUCAGGAAAUAGUUCAAACUUAGGCUCCCUUUCUAGGAUCUAUUCGACUAUCAGUUCAAUAUGCACAUCUUUGUUCUGCACUUAACAUUCCUGUCUUUCGUAAGGGAUAGUUGGGCGAAGGAUCAACGCACGGAACUUGAAGCAUGUAUGUACACAUGCAAAGCAGGUUUUUUUCGCCAGUAUGUGGUAUUGAAUGAGUCCCUAGUGGUUCCUCGUGUCACUGAAACUAAAUUCUUGACUUCUUGGGCGGUCACGUAUUGCCUCAAAGGAAGGGGGAAAUCGCCAAGUUUUUUUACCGUCGUUCCCAGAAGAACUCCACCUACGUCGUAAAUUCCAUGUUUGGUUGAGCUCAGGUUGAGCUACUAAGCAUCACGAUCCAUUGACAGCUUUGACUCGACUGGUCAUAGAGAUCAGACUGUUCGGAUUCGUUCUCCCUACAUUUCUGUGCGCUGGUUCAGGGGUCAACCAAAACCUGGUUUUUUUUCGAUACCCGUAUCCCUGUCCUCGCGGUUUUCUGAGACCAUUUCCGAAAACCCCCGAGUCGCUGGUACAGGAACAAAUCAACAAUCGACACCUGUCUUUGGAGAUACAGUAUACCUCUUGACUUCUAUGUCGCAAUGAAAUGAGGCUGCGUAGUCGG